GCUUCCCGCGCUGCGCGGCCCCUCAGCGCCGCCCGCCAUGUUCGCGGAGCUGAACGAGCUGCUCGGGGCCUCCCCGGAGCGCCCGGACGCGGGGUAAUUCACCCUGCUGCGAGACACCCGGACAGAUGGCAGCUUCCUGGUGCACCACUUCCUCUCCUUCUACCUCAGAGCUGGCUGCAAGGUCUGCUUUGUGGCCCUGCUCCAGUCCUUCAGCCACUACAGCAUCGUGGCACAGAAGCUGGGAGUCAGUCUGGCAGCUGCCAAGGAGCGAGGACAGCUUGUCUUCCUGGAGGGCCUCAAGUCCUGCCUUGACCUCCUGUUUGGGGAGGAGGAGCAGCCAGGACAGCCCAGUCCUCUGCAGUUUCUGAGCGGGAGCAGCUGUGACCUGCGAGCCCUGUUUGACUUUGUCCGGGUGUCCCUGAGUGCCACUGGUGGUGAUUCCUGGAAGGGCCCCGUGCUGCUGGUGGAUGACCUCAGUGUCCUGCUGAGCCUGGGGGCUGCACCGGUGGCCGUGCUGGACUUCAUCCACUACUGCCGUGUGUGUGUGUGCUGCCAGCUGAAGGGGAACGUCGUGGUGCUGGUUCACAGCAACGAGGAUUCGGAAGAUGAGGAGAAUGAACUGGUUGUGAACUCCUUAUGUCAUCACAGCGACCUCAUCCUGUGGGCAGAGGGGCUGGCCACUGGCUUCUGCAAGGAUGUUCACGGGCAGAUUAAGAUAAUCAAGAGGUUGUCCUUGCGGCAGGCAGCGGAGCAGGAUCUGGUCCAGAUCUACCAGUACAAGAUCCAGGACAGGAACGUCACCUUUUUUGCACGGGGGCUGUCGGCUGCAGUCCUGUGACACUGUGACAGUGCAGAGCCUGGGAGUGCCAGUCCCUGCCUCUGCAAAAGCACCCCCAGCACCUCUCAGGAGCAGCACAGCAAACUGACCCAGGAGGGAAGCUCAGACACACCUGGAAGUGGUGCCAACGUGGGAUCAGGCUGCCUGGGGCCUGCUGCACCUCUUUGUCCUCCCACCCCGUUCCCAACACACUCAGGCCAAGAAAGGGAGCAAGAACUUGCAAGAAUGGCCCUUGGGAGCAUGUAAAUACAGGCAGGGGGUGCCCUGCGGGCUGGGUGUGCUUUGCUUCACCUCUUCCGGUGUGUUGGGCACAGCGCGGUGGUGCCAGGCACUGCACGGAGGGGGCGCCCCUCCCUCCUGCUGGCACGGGAGGAGAUGACACACAGCGGGUGGAGCAGGGAUGGUCCCGGAGCCUGGCGCAAUCCUCUCCUUGCUCCCAGCUCUGGCUGGCAGAGCUUUGGCCAUCUGCCAGCUUCCCUGCAGUUGGUAAAUCCACAGCUCCGUGUGCAGCCCUCACCUGGCUGUGCUGGGACCUGGCACUGCCACGCUUUAUCCCCUGUGGCUUCCCAAGCUCAUCCUGGGAUUUGUGGUUGGAUAAACCCCUCUGGGAGCCUGUCUCAGCCGCUGCUUCCUCAUCCCAAAUCCUGACUAGCAGUUACACGACCUGCCUGUGCUGAAGCAGGUUUUUUUAUUAAUAAUCUCUAAUUUUAGUGAGAUAAGGGUAUAGUGAUUAAGUAACCGCGGAUCUCUGGGUGGGAACUGCUCCCCACCUGCUCCUUGGCAGGGAGCAGGAAUGGGCAUCUCCCAAGGCUGGGUGAGGACAGGGCCUUCCCCAGGGCCACAGGGGCAAUCCUGGGAGCAGAGCUCAGGCCUGGAGGUCUCCUGGUUGCUGCUCCUGCUGAGAUAUCCCAUUUAUCCUGGGAGAUAAAAACAUCCCACACACUUGUGAGAGUCCAGAGCAAUCUGCCGGGUCAUUGCAGCUCCAGAGCUGGGAUAGCAACUCUGGCAGUGGGACACAUUCCUGAUUUUCCACAGAGACUUGGUGACCCAUCCCAUGCUGGUUUGGGAACAUGCCCUUUGCCUUAGAGUUUUGGGAGCCCUGGCAAGCUCAGGGCUGUGGCUGCUGAUCAGUGGCAGCCCAGGGAAGGCAGGCAGGCUCCAGGGAUUGUGGCAAAGCCACAAGGAGGGAGGGGAGUCAGGCCAUGUCUGUGCUAUAGGAUCACUCAUCCCUGGUGUCCCCUGGGUCUCUCCAUGCCCUGCUGUGGAAGUGGCAGUGCCCAGUGCCCCUGCUGCUGUCCCAGUGUGCUGGCAGUGCCCAGGGUCAAUGCACUGUCACAGUUUGCAAAGGGAGAAUGAGAGGACCAGUAGCUGCUGGCCCUGCAGCCGCCAGAAGUGCAUCUGUGACAGGCAUGGAAUGGUGAAUAAUUGGAGUAAUGUUUGUAGGAUUAUCCUUGGAGAGAUCCCAAAGCCUGGCCCCCAGGCCCUGCCUCCCUCUUGAAAGCAGCAGGGUCAUUGUGUGACAUCGCCGCUGUGUGACAUUGUCACUGUGUGACAUCACUGCUGCCUUCUGCCUGGUUCUUUCUGCGCCAGUAUCCCAGAAAUGUGCUGAGGAGCCUGGGCCUGAUCCCCCAUGUCCCCGUGCAGAGGGUGUUCCCCGGGAUCCGAGCCCUUUGGAAUGAGCCUCUCUGCCUGUACUGUGCAGUGGUGCGAGCUUGGACAGGGCCACGGGGCCUGUGGGGGCUACUGAGUCACAGCCCAAAGCAGUGCUCCCAGCAGCCCAGCCCAGUGUCCAGCAGUGGCCUUGGCCACCAGGACACGACAGGGCAGCUGCGCGGAGCCAAGGCCACCGGCACGGCCGCGCUCCCGCCGAGGCCUCGCUCUGGAGCUGACGCUGCGGGAGGGCAGCCCGAGAGUGGAUGUCAGGAAUGGUGCCAUCGGUGGCAGGACAGGCUGGCCUUGCCUGGGGUCAGCCACCAGCUGCGUGCUCAGGGCCGCUGCCACGGGCGGUGUUUGUGCUAGCCAGGGCUUGGGCAACGCUGAGAAACUGGCUGGGACUUGGCCUGAGGGCUCGGUUCACGGUUCCCUUGGCCCCUUGGCCUCGGAGGGAGCGGCAAACAGGGGAGGUCCCACCAAGGCUGGGGCCGAGGGUCAGGGGUGCAGGUCCCUGGGAGAAGGGGAUGUGUUAUAUUGGGAAAACUGCAGGCAGCAGGGACUGCUGGUAAGCGUCAGUCUGGCAGCUGCAAGAAGGGCCCUGGAAAGGCAGUUCCGGGGGUGCUCAGCCCCCGGAGAUGAAGGAGCAGGGCAUGUGUUUUGCAGCAUGCCAGCACCGUGCUGGCAGGAGAGCAGGGCAUUGCUGGGGGCGAAGGACAGAUCCCUUGGCUUUUGGCCACUCCUUGCCCCUUCCUGUGGCGUGUGCUCCCAGCGCCUGGCCCGCUUCUGUUCCCGGGAACCAGAGUCACCUCUGUCCCCUGCACCAAGCCAGGGCUCCCGCUGCAAGGCCCUCCUUCCCGAUGUGCUCUGCCCCGGGAUGCUCCGGGGCUCCUCGUGCCCAAUCCCGGCCAUCAACUCCUCCUGUCCCUCUGGGGAUACUCGAGACCCGCAGCGCCUGAUCCGCACAUUCCCGCCACGCCCGGGCGCACGGGCCGGUUCCGCUCUCCGCCGAAGCCCAGCGCGGCUGGCGCCCGGUUCUGCUCGCACCGCGCCGUCCCCUGCAGGGCCCGUUCCCGGUCCCGGCGCUGCCGCAGCCGCCCUGUCCCCGCUCCACGUGCUCCCGCCGCCUCCGCGCCGCUUCCGGGGGCGUGGCCGGUGAAAAGAGGGGGUGUGAACCGGGGCGUGAUUAUGCAAAUAAAGACGUGUCUCAUGAGUUAUGGGCGUGGUCAUGCAAAUAAAGCCCAUAUUGGG